AUGGUUGAAGACGAUGAUGGACAGAAUUCACAGACCCACGACGGCCUAUCCACCGACGAAUGGCUAUCUUGCGCACAAGCCCUCGUCCCAAAAGCACUCCAAAAAGCCAUAGAGGUAAAGAAUUUCCCCAGCAGAUGGAAAAUGAUCAUCUCGAAAUUGGACCAAAUCCCUUCACGAUUAUCUGAUCUGUCCAGCCACCCUUUCUUCUCCAAGAAUGCUCUCUGUAAGGAGCAGUUGCAAUCUGUCUCGAAAACAUUAAACGAAGCAAUCGAGCUUGCCGACCUCUGCCUGAGCGAGAAAUUCGAAGGGAAGCUGCGAAUGCAGAGUGACCUCGAUUCCCUCACGGGCCGUCUCGACCUCAACUUACGAGACUGCGGGCUUCUGAUCAAAACCGGCGUCCUUUCCUCAACCGGGCCCACCGGCCCAACCGAGCCCGAAUCCGCGGCCCACGGCCCCAACAACAUUCGUGAACUCCUCGCCCGCCUCCAAAUCGGUCACCUCGAAUCCAAACACCGAGCCCUCGACGCCCUCGUCGAGGCCAUGAAAGAUGACGAAAAAGACGUCCUGGCAGCAAUCGGGCGGGCCCACAUCUCAGCCCUCGUCCAGUUGCUUUCCGCCACAUCGUCGCCGCGUAUGAGAGAGAAAGCAGCCGCCGUCACGUGCCAGCUGGCGGAGUCGGGCGGUGUUCUCGUCGAGGGCUUGCUCGUCUCGGAAGGCGCCCUUCCGCCGUUAAUCCGACUAAUUGAGUCAGGUGGGCCCGUCUGUCGAGAACGAGCCAUCGUCGCAUUGCAGAGGCUUUCCUCAUCGUCGCCCGAUGCGGCCCGAGCGAUCGUGGGCCACGGUGGGGCCCGGCCGCUGAUCGAGCUCUGCCGAGUUGGGGACUCGGUUUCCCAAUCGGCCGCGGCGUGCGCGUUGAAAAACGUGUCGGCCGCCGUGCCGGAGGCCCGGCGGACCCUAGCCGAGUCAGGCCUCGUUCGGGUCAUGAUCGAUCUUUUGAACCGCGGGAUUUUGCUCGGGUCGAGAGAGUACGCCGCCGAGUGCCUUCAGAAUCUCACGUCGGGUAACGACGAGCUCAGACGAGCUGUGAUUUCCGAAGGUGGGGUCCGCAGCUUGCUGUCUUAUUUAGAUGGGCCGUUGCCGCAAGAACCGGCAGUCGGGGCCUUGAGGAAUUUGAUCGGGUUAUUACCGCACGAGGUUUUGGGGUCGGGUGGGGUUAUCCCGAGGCUGGCCCACGUGCUCAGUUCGGGCUCUCCGGGAGCCCGACAGGCCGCGGCUUGGGCUAUCGUGCGAAUUUGCAGCAGCUCGGUUGAGAUGAAGAAGUUAGUGGGUGAGUCGGGAUGCAUUCCGAAUCUGGUCCGAAUGCUCGAGGUGAAGAGUAAUGGGGCCCGAGAAGUCGGGGCCCACGCGAUUUCGAUCCUGAUGACAGUAUCGUGUAAUUGUCGGGAGGUGAAGAAGGAAGAGAAAAGCGUGCCGAGCCUUGUGGCUCUGCUUGACCCGAGCCAGCAGAACACAUCUAAAAAAUACGCGGUGUCUUGCCUCGGAAUGUUGUGCUCGAGCAAGAAGUGUCGGAAGUUGAUGGUCUCGUACGGGGCGAUCGGGUACCUGAAGAAGUUGACCGAGAUGGAUGUGCCGGGGGCGAAGAAGCUGCUCGAGAGGCUCGAGAGGGGGAGGCUCAAGGGUUUUUUCGGCCGGAAGUGA